AUGAAUCACUUCACCCAUUACAUCCCAAUUGUACUAAUAAUUUCACUUUUUUUGAUAUCAUUCAUUGGUUGCUUUGUGUUUAAUGAAAAUGUUAAGUUCAUUUCUUUCAAUUUCUCAACGCUCAGUUUCCAAGAAAUAGUUCAAGAAACUCCUCCUAAUGUUGACCACGAACAAGAAAGUGCUGAAGCCAUUCAGAAACUGGAGAUGUCAUUUCUUGAAAAAGUAGAUGAAGAUGGAAAGAGUACUGUCAUGCUCCAAGAAACCUGUGAUAUCUUUUCAGGAAAGUGGGUUUUGGAUAACAAGAUAUAUCCUUUAUACAAAGAAGAUGAAUGUGAGUUUCUUUCAGAAUGGGUAACCUGCAUAAGGAAUGGAAGGCAGGAUUUUCUUUAUCAGAACUGAAGAUGGCAGCCCAAAGAUUGUUCAUUGCCUAAGUUUGAGGCAAAACUGUUGCAACAGAAACUCAAGGGAAAGAGGCUUAUGUUUGUUGGGGAUUCAACACAUUUUAACCGGUGGCAAUCUUUGAUUUGUUUGGUUCAAUCUGCCAUUCCACCAGGGAAGAAAAGCUUGGACUAUUCAACCUACACCACUGUCUUCAGAAUUCGGGACUAUAAGGCCACAAUAGAGUUUUACUGGGCACCAUUUCUAGUUGAAUCAAAUUCAGAUCCUCCAAGAACGAGAGAUGGAAAACGGGAUGCAAUUAUAAUGCCUGAAUCAAUGGCAAAGCAUGGAGAUAACUGGAAAGAUGUGGACUAUAUUGUCUUUAAUACAUAUACCUGGUGGCUAAAGUUUCCUACUAUGAAAGUCCUACGGGGAUCGUUUGAUAAAGGGGCCACAGAAUACGAUGAGAUCCAACGACAUGUAGUGUAUGAAAGAGUUUUGAGGACAUGGGCCAAGUGGGUGGAGGAAAAUGUUGAUCCUAAUCAUACUUCCAUUUUCUUUAGCAGCAUGUUUCCUCAACAUUUAAGGAGCUCGGACUGGAACAGCCCAGAUGCAACAAAUUGUGCUAUGGAGACUCUUCCAAUUACUCCAGACAUGGCUGCACCACCAAACAUGAGCACAGACAGAAAUCUUUUUGCAAUUGCUGCAAAUGUGCCUGGAUCAAUGAAAGUAGCAGUAGAUUUUCUCAACAUAACUACACUUUCAGAGUACAGGAAGGAGGCACAUACUUCUAUUUACAGUACUUCUCAGAAUGGUGGUGACAAGUUACUUUCGGAAGAGCACAAGGCUGAUCCUUCCCUGUAUGCAGAUUGUCUCCACUGGUGUCUACCUGGAUUGCCUGAUACCUGGAAUGAGUUGCUCUAUGCAAGUAUUGUGACUAAAGAAAAUGAUAUAUUUUGAUAUGUGUAAAAAUUAUGUAAAGGACAUAUCUUAAUAUGAUAGUGCUUCCUAGCCUUUUGAGGCUUAUAGUACUCCUGUAUUUUGCAGGAGUAAUUAUUUGUUAUGAUUAAUUAAUAAUUUAUAAGUUUUUGAAUUAAAUCAAUUUUAAUAAUGUAGUUUUAU